ACCGCGGAUUGGUUAGUUUGAUUACCUAGCUCCACAUAGACAUACGAGCUCCUUAUCAAUAUAUACAUUUUUAAUAUACAACUUAUAUAGUUCUGUUUAUUGUGCGUGAUAAGUUUACAGUUGUGAACCAAGAACAGAACUAUCCGGCAAAUGUAUUUCACUUUUAAAAUCCCGUUGAAAUAUUUUGCGGAAGCUUACUAGCCACUUUUGCUUCUUCGUAGAUUAAACGAAUUUAAGUACAAAGGCACCAAGCAACCAUUGUUGCUUGAAAAGAUGGAUUUGUUUGGCGAUCUUCCUGAACCCUCUCAAACUGGGGACGUUACUGGGCGACCUCUCCAAGAAAUGGAUGACAGGUCUGACAAAAGGAAACAUGAGGUCUGCCGAGAUGUUGAAUCUGUGGAAGUGGAGAAAAAGAAAUUUUGUAAAGGUUGGGCCAGGCUCAGAGCGCAUGUUGCUGCCCGCCGAGGUGAGAGAGAAGAGAUGCAGGAUGCACACGUUGUCUUGCCUGAUCUCAGCACCUCUCUGUCUUCAAUUCCCCAGGAAGUCUCCCGCCUAGCAUAUUUCGCAGUAUUUGAUGGGCAUGGAGGUUCUCGUGCGUCAUGCUUUGCUGCCGAACAUCUUCAUCAAGCAUUAGCCUUGAAAUUUCCUAAAGGUGAGGUACAGAACCUGGACAAGCUUGUGAGGAAGUGUUUGGUGGAGGCAUUUAGACAAACAGAUGAAGACUUCCUGAAAAAGGCCUCCAGCCAGAAGCCAGUCUGGAAGGAUGGAACCACAGCAACUUGCAUGCUAGUGGUGAAUGAUGAUGUCUAUGUUGCCAACCUUGGAGAUAGCAGGGCUGUGCUGUGCCGAGAAGAUCAGGAAGGGCAGGAUGACAACAAAAAAAUUGUCACUUUGGCACUUAGCAGGGAGCAUAAUCCAAUCUGUUAUGAGGAGCGCAUGAGGAUCCAGAGGGCAGGUGGCACUGUCAGAAAUCGAGACUCAUCAGACCAGGUAACUUUUUUCCAGUCUUCAACUGUCCAAUUUUGGGAUGGGCGUGUUUUCGGUACAUUGGAGGUAUCCCGGUCAAUUGGGGAUGGACAAUAUAAACGAUGUGGUGUGAUCUCCACACCUGACCUCCGACGCUGUCAGCUCUCUCCUAAUGACAAGUUUUUCAUUUUAGCUUGUGAUGGCCUCUUCAAGGUGUUUACGCCAGAACAAGCUGUUACUUUUGUCCUCAGUGUCUUACAGAAUGAUACAGCAGAGUGGAACAGAGACCAAGCUUGGAAGGAAGCAAGCUUUGAGGCAGCAUGCCAGCAGCUAGCCAGUGAAGCAGUGCGACGUGGCUGUGCAGACAAUGUUACAGUCAUCCUAGUCUCUAUUGAUUUCUAAAAGAGUACAGUUUGCAGUUUGUUUCCCAGCCUGUCCAGACCUCUGACAUUUCCAUUGUCCUGUCCCCAAUUCUACCAAAAUAAUAGUGAUGCUUUGGUAUUAUGUGGAAAUAAAUGUGCUUUUUUAUACAUCUUAAACUAAAUAUGUUUACUUGACUUGUUGUCUUGUAAAAACUGUCCACCAUCUGUAAAACAUAAAAACAUUUUCUGAAUAAAACAAAGGACAUAAAUCUGUUCACUUA